GAGCGGGGAGCUGGAGGCGGGGCCGUACCGUACCGUGGCCGUACCGUGGCCGGGAGCCGGCGGCUCCGAGCCGGGCCUUCCGCUCGGGUUUCCCUUCUGCCUUCCCCGCUCCCGGGCGAGGAUGCGGGCCGUCGACUGGUGCUUGAGCGCGGCGGGCGCUGCCCUCGUCAUGGCCACCUCCAGCGACCCGCGGCACCCCGCCGGAAACAUGGCGGACGGAAGUUCCGAAACGUUCUGGACGACAACAGGGAUGUUCCCACAGGAGUUCGUCGUUGGCUUUCCCAGGUGUGUGACCAUCAGCAGAGUGGCGAUCCAGUGCUACCUGGUGCGGACCUUAAGGAUUGAAAGAAGCGUGUCUAAAGACCCAGUGGACUUUGAAGAGUGCAUUGAAAAAGAUUUGCAACACACAGAAGGACAGCUUCAAAUGGAAGAAUUUCCACUUCCUGAUUUCCAGGCCACUUAUUUGCGAUUCAUCAUCAAAUCUGCCUUUGAUCAUUUUGUAUCUGUGCACAGGGUGAUGGCAGAGGGCACAGCAGAAGAUGCUUAAGUCUGGCUUAAAUUUGUAAUUCAUCUUUUUGUAUUAUAUUUUGAUAUCUCUAUCACAGGAAGUAUUUAUUACAAGUUAGUAUUAAAGUGUUUUUGAAGAUACAGAUGUAGUAUGUGUUAGCCAUCAGUUUAUUGUACAGAACACAGUACUCUCAUUAAUUGUAAUAACAGAUUUUAUAUCUUAAAGGGUUAAAAACACUUGAAUGUAACCAGGUCCAUUCAAAUAAUUGUGUUUAGCUCAGGCUUUCUUAAUACAUGAAUUAAAACUCAGUUUCCUCUGA